GGGAAUUGACUGGUUGAAACGAAGCUCAGCUUAGGGAAGAUGGAAUUUAGAGAGAAGGUAGAGAAAUUUGAUGAACAGGAUUGUAGAGAGAUAAAAUACUUGAGCAGAAUGAACCAACACUUUAAAUAUAAAGUCUAAUUAUACUUGUUGAGGUGAUUUAAUUAUAAAAUUUGGUUCAAUUAGCAGAGUACUCUGAUCAGCCCUUUAAUCCCAUUUUCAGAUUCUUACAAUAUAUAUAUAUAUAUAUAUAUAUAUACAUUGUUUUUAACGACAAAGCUUUGGUGUUGUUUUCAAAUCAAAAUUUGAGUAUUUUACCUCAAAAAUAUGCCAUGACAUUUGGAAUUCUUUAUCAGGCAUGUUACCGAAAUGAAAUUCCAAUUCUGAUUAAAAUACCAACAAUCAACAACAUCUGUGGUAGUUUUUAUAAGUUUUAUCUUUUUGUUAAUGUCUCAAUCCCUGCAUUAUUUACAUUAAUCAUAUUUGCUUGAUGCUCUUGACAGUGUCAUAUCUACUUGUGGUCACCAAACAAUAUUUCUAACCUUUAUUUAUAGGUGUGAUUGUUUUGCAGACAUGAAGAAAUAAAAAAUUGCAAGUUGAGUCAAAAGUUUAACAAUAAAACAAUCGCAAAUAAAUCAUUACAGCGAAGUUGGGCCAGAAGACCUUUUAUGGCCCUCGACGCAUCAACCUUUGAAACCUUAACCCCUUCCCGCUUCAUUUCCUUCACAAUACCCCAUCCAUCAUUUUCCAAUACUCCUCUUCGAGUUGCUGUGCUCGACUCACCACUCCAACCUAAUGAUGUGCCUCAAGUUGGUGCCAUGUUGGUCCCUGAAGGUCGAGAAAUUGAUUGGAUCUUCUCCACUGAAUUGGGUCAUCUCCAACUCCUCUUAAGUUCCCCUGAAAUAUCACGUUUGAUUCUCAUUGGAAACAACUUCAUGGAAGAUCGAGAUUCAUCUUCAACCUGGCUUGAUGGGGGCUUCUUGUCUGCUUGUGAAAAUGUAUUAGUGUUUGCAGAUGCAUCUGGUAAUGACACGCUAAGGUGCAGCUGUGGCUUCUCAGCGCUGGAAUUUCCCAUUCCCAUAGAAUCAAGUUGUGACCCCUUUGGACUGUAUGAGUUCUGUUUUGAAAAGUUAGCUCUCUGA